AUGGCAUCGAGCACCACUGAUACUGCUGCCACAGCACCCACCAAAGACUAUGUCACUUCUGUUGGCCAUGCCAAUGUUGGCUCAGAUGCACAGCUAAGCUAUCUACGUGACUUAUACCUCCCCAAGCAGCAGAAUGACCGAGACAUUGAUGAAGCAGCAGGUCUCGUUGUGUACAGGACAAUCACAUCGUAUCCACCUGUAAAGCAAUUGAGACCCUCUGAGCGCAAACGCAUUCUGGUUACUGGCGGCGCUGGCUUUGUAGGCUCCCAUCUUGUCGAUCGUUUGAUGUAUAUGGGCCAUGAAGUCAUUGUAUUGGACAAUUUCUUUACAGGUUCAAAACGCAAUGUGCAGCAUUGGAUUGGCCAUCCUCAUUUUGAAUUAGUGCGUCAUGAUGUUGUCGAUCCAUUUAUGAUUGAAGUGUCUCAAAUCUAUCAUUUGGCGUGUCCUGCAUCGCCUCCUCACUAUCAGUACAAUCCAACAAAGACAGUAAAGACAAGUGUUAUGGGCACCAUCAACAUGCUUGGUCUUGCAAAGCGUACAAAGGCUCGUUUCUUGUUGACAUCUACAUCAGAGGUGUACGGCGACCCUGAAGAGCAUCCUCAGAAAGAGACCUAUUGGGGUCAUGUGAACCCAAUUGGCCCUAGAGCCUGCUACGAUGAAGGUAAACGUAUUGCAGAGACAUUAACGUAUGCCUACAUGAGACAAAACGAUGUGGAUGUUCGUGUUGCUCGUAUCUUCAAUACAUUUGGCCCUCGCAUGUCACCUGCCGACGGUCGUGUUGUGAGUAACUUUAUCAUGCAAGCCAUCAAGGGCGAAUCUUUGACGUUGUAUGGAGACGGAGCACAAACAAGAUCGUUUCAAUAUGUGCAUGAUUUAGUUGACGGGCUUAUUUUACUCAUGAACAAAAACUACAGCGAGCCUGUCAAUCUGGGUAAUCCUGAAGAAUAUACCAUCAAGAACUUUGCAGACAUGAUUAGAGAAAUGGUCUUGAUUCCUCCCUUGUCGCCCGAGAAUGUCGAUAUCAAGAUCUUGCCAGCUGCAUUGGACGAUCCCAAAAAGCGCAAGCCGGAUAUUACCAGAGCUAAAAAGUAUUUGGGUUGGGAACCUGGAUUUUCCGUGAAACAAGGUUUACAGGAAACUGUGGAUUGGUUUAAGAUACAAGUAAAAGAAGGGUCCAUUUAA